UCCAAUAUGGCGGUAAAUGGUGUAUGAAAGGUGUAAAAUGUUUUGAAUCGAAUCGAACAUAGAAAAUCAUAAGAAAUACCGUUUAUACGUAUUAAAGUACUCAAAAUGUCUGUAAUCAUCAUCGAAAUAUCGUGUUAAAGGCAUCGCUAGUGCGUUAUAGUCGCGUGUUUUGUGUUAAAAAUUGUGUUAUUUUUGUGUGAUGUGAGUCCUUUUCUAAUGUGUUCAAAAGUGCUAUGUGUUUCUAGGCCUUGUGAUAGAUAUGUCUACUAAUGAUAGAGUUACAUGCUCGGGCGUGACUGACAAAAGUUCUGCCGCAGCUGACACAGCUAGUGUACAGAGCGACGAUGUUUUUAAGAAAAAGGAAUACAAACAGAGAAAAGUCUGUUUUCCUGAGGAACAUCAAUUGGUGACAAAAUAUUUUGAACCUUCCAAUCCCUGGCAAGACAUACCCACGACUACACGGUCACAACUAGCAGCAGAAUAUUUGGAGUCAUGCAGAAAACACAGAACACCACCCAUAGAUUCUGUCCUGCAGCAGAUAAGGGAACUACCAGACAAUACCAUAGGUGGUGGUGUCAGAUCAGCUCGCCUGACCCUCUCCCAAUGUUCGCUUCUCGGACCUCGUCCCAUAGACGCUCUGGAAGCCCUCAUGAGGAAGGUGCAGUUCAGACGACUCGAGUUGGACCACGCCGAUAUAGACGAUGAGGGAGCGGAGGCGUUAUUUGACAUGAUAGAAUUCUAUGAGAGCACAUCGGCGAUAUGUCUGAUGGGUCCCCAGAGGUUCGGCAUCCGGGGAUGGCAGGCUGCUUCCAGGAUGAUCAAGAAGAGUGUAGAGCUGACAGAGUUGGAGGUGUGCGACAGUCCGUUAGAGUCGUCACACGCGCCAGUCCUAGAGAGGGCGCUCCGCCCCGCCUCGUGUAGGUUGAGGGUGCUCUGCUUACAACAGGCAGCGCUAGCCGGGGAACCGCUGCUAUGCCUCGUUAUAGCGUUGAAGACGAACACAUCGAUCCGCGAGCUGCGGCUGGGAGACAACAGACUCACGCCGUCAGACGCGCAGCAGAUAGCAUCAGUGCUGAGAUACAACACGAGAUUACAACUAUUGGAUCUGUCUAAUAACUUGAUACAGGACUCUGGCGUGGAGUACAUUUCGUCAGCUCUUGUCGAACAAGCGGAGCACUCGCCGCCGUCCGCGGUAGCGUCCCCGCUCUCACCGCACUCCGCCUGCGGCUACGAGUCCACCGGUCUGGCGUUUCUCGUGCUAUGGAACAACCAGCUAACGAGGAACUGCGCACAGAAUCUAGCUAAAGUACUGCGCACAUCAAAGUCCCUGUGCGUUUUGAACGUCGGUCGUAACCCCCUGGGCUCGGAGGCCGUGAGGUCUCUAGUGGGGCGAGGGUUGGUGUCCCUGGGCCUACAAGCCGCCAGGCUCGGACCGGACGCGGCCAGGGGACUGGCUGAUAUUAUAAGAGGGGGGGAGAGACUACAGAGGUUGGAUCUCCGGGACAACAAGCUGGGCGUGCCAGGACUACAGGCGAUACUAGCAGCUGUUAAAGAACACGCCUCCAUCACACAGAUAGACCUGGAUGAUCCAGCGGAGUCACAGACGGGCGUCCAGAGCACGGAGGCUGCGACAGUCGCGCGACUGUUGCGCGAAAUUCGUGUCGUGUGUCGCGGGAACGAACCCGCGGCCCCCGACAGGUUAAUGAGGAAGAUCAGCCUCACUUGUCAUACAGUCCCUAUGAUUAAGACUCCUGCCGCUGAUGAUGAUCGUCGCGUCCGCCUCCGUUCCCCAGCGCCGUCUCCGGCCCCCUCGCCGGCUGGUAGCCCUGUACCAACACCUACUGGAUCACGAUUUUCGGUGACUCGAGUGACCCCCGAGCGGGAGAUGUCAGAUUCAACCCCCACGACCCCCACGACCCCCACCAGAUGUACUUCAUCAAGGUUUAAAGUUGUACAGGUGGUGGAACCGCAAGUAGUGAUGCCCAGGAAGUCUGUCUCGAGAUUCUCAGUUACGAGGAACUAUGACAGUACUUACAAUCCCACGUUACCACCGACCACGCCAUCGCCAUCACCAUCGCCGUCUCCGACACCGUCACCGGUACCGGACAGGAGCGAGAAGAUUGGCCCAACUCCUUUGAAAAAGGUUGGCCCAACCAUCGACGGUAGUGGCGCAAAGGUUGGCCAUAUCGAUAAGCAGGCAGCAAAUGAACGAUCGAAUAUUGAACACACACAGAGUGUUGACUUUAAAAAGACUAACACAGAUAAUAAAGAAACCACGAAUAAGAAAGAGACUGAGAUGCUAGCGGACUUCAGUUACGACGAGGUCCGCAUAAAAGAUGUUAUAUUAAAAGAUAAAGAUAAAGAUGUAAAAGAUAUAGAAGGUAGUUUGAUAAUUAUUGACGAUGUCAGAGACGAGGACGAAGAACCGUCGAGUGAAGCGGCUAAGGAUUUAGAUGUGUGUGAUGUGCUUGUGACAAGUGACUUCGGUGUCAAACGCCAAGUUAGUGACGAUAGUGUACACGACUCGGACAACGACGUGUUUAGUGAUAGCGGGGACUUUAAAAAUUUAGAUUUAGUGUAUAGUGAUACCUAUAACGGUGAUAGGAACGAACAAAUGUCUCAUAGUGAGACGGUUGGCGGCGGGAUAGAGACGGGUGUAGCGAGGUGUAUAGGUGUGAGCGAGACGGAUAGAGAUAUGACAAUUGAAACAGAUAAUAGUCUAACCAAAGUACAUCGCGACCAAAAUGUAAAUAAUAUAUAUAAGGAUGAUAAAGUAGCCAUAGAGGAUGAUGGGAAAGGUGUAGAUGUUGUAGAUUUAAACGUAACCGUUGUACCUGCUCGUGAUAGUGUAGUGUUAAAGAAGAAUAAGAGUGAAUCGAGCCUCGACAGCCCGGACCUGGAGGUGUCGAGGCUGAUGCGGAGACCUGUGAGUGCCUUCUGUGAUAGCAGCUCGUCGCUGGAGAUAUCCGGCAGCUCGAUGGAGAGUCUGAACACGGACAGACCCAGGCUGAUAAUCGACAAGCAUUUGUCCAAAGACAACAGCGUCGAGUCCACCAGUGAGGUGACACCAGUGAAUCUUAACGUAUCGAUAAGUUCCAACGAGAGCGUCUCGCCUAUUAUAUUCGCUAAGAAGAUCCACGGAUCGCUAUCCAGCCUGGAGGCGAGCGUCAGUUCGGUUGAAUCCGCUAAAGAGAAGAUAAUGGUGACGUCGGCGGAUUCAGGGAUAGAAUAUUCGUUACAAAACCCAUCCGAAAUGAAAGACGACAGUUCGUCCAAUGAAGGCACGCUGACGAACUGCAGUUCGAGUUUGAAGGAGACUAUGAGGAAGGAUUCGCAGGAUACCGUGACGCCGAAGCGAACGUCCAGCUUGUUGGAUGUACCGGCUCUGAAGUCCAAGGGCUUAGAACGGAUGAGGAAGAUAUCCUGGGUAGCACCGUCAGCAAGCUUCCAUCUCCCCAAAGCUGAUGAGAAAGUGGAAUACAAGCUGCCGGGGAAUCUGGAGAAAUUGCUCAGCCUCUUCCAACAUCCGAGCAGUCUGUUCUCUAGGAGUAGCAGUGACGAUGAGAGAAAAUCUAACUCCGGGACACCCCCGAGGAAGGAUUCGUCUUUAACCAGCUCGUUCUGGUCCUGGGGGAGUGUCGCCGAGAAGAACGACGAUGACAGUAUAUCGGAUGCAACAGACUCGACGCUGUCCGAGCGCGUGCAGGUGUCCUUCGUCGACGAAUCGUUCUCAAAGAAACUCGACAGCAAAACGCCUUCCACGGACACUGAUAACACUCUAAGUGAAUUUCAGUUUCCUAAUACGGAGAAAGUUACCGUAACCACCGAUAAAUUAGUACAAAGUUUAGAUGUAAGCGACUCGUGCUCGGCCAACCCGAGCGAUGAUCUCAUUGUGCCCAACGAUUUUGUAUACGAUGAUAACUUAAAAUCUGAAGAUAAAGUUGAUGUUAAACGAACCUUCGCCUCUGUAUUGAAGUCGUCUGGUUCGGAGAAUUCAUUGGAGAGGCCGAAUCCUGACGUGGGACAGACGGUCGAGAAGCUUCCCAGCAAGGUGAUCAAAGGCAUCAAGGAAAAUAUAAGCCCGGAGAAUACUUUGACGUCCAGUAUAGCGACGAAAGCCAUGGCUAUGGAAGUAGCGGAGAGACAGGCCAAAAAUAAACAAAUCGUCAACACAGUAUGGGAGGUCACGAAUCCGUUGACGGAGAAAAGUGAUACUAAAGUGACUGAGAAGAAGACUCAAAGUGACUUGGCGCCGAUAGCGAAUAUCGAUGAAACUUGUGACGUAUCAGCUGAUGACGUCAUCCAGCUGGCAUACAUCGAUGAUAAAGAAGAUGGAGCCGAUAAGGUUGAGAAGGUCCUGGAGAAUAUCGACCUAGGGAAGGACGCCUUAUCGUAUCUGAUAUAUGAAAACCAAGAUUACGAGGCGGAUACAGAAACUGUGUUGGCGAAUAGAUCUCAGGAAGGAUCUCUGGCUCAAGAACUGAGGGAUGCUGAGAUAAAGGAGAUGCUAGAUCUAUCACCUGAGUUGGUGUUAGACGAGGCCCUAGAAAUACCGGAGAUAUUCACUGUUGAAAUCAAGGGACGAAAAAGCUCUCCAGUUAUACCGGAGAGGGCGAAGAUGAAGAAGUCCAACUCGCUGGAGGAUUUGACGAAGAGACAGAAUCUAGAAGAGAAAGAGAGUCCUAAGAUGAAGACGAUAGCGUUCAAAGUCCCCGAGAGCACCACUCCCAGAGACAUACCAGAGAGACGAACGAAAUUAAGAUCUAGGAGCGGAUCCAGUCCUAAAUCAUUACCGGAGAGCCUGAACAAACCUUGUCCCUUGACGAAGAUGGAUUCCAUAUUAAGCAAGAAGAAGAAAAAAGUGUCCUCGCUGGGGAAAAUGGCGAAAGACUCGCUGCUAGCGUUGAACAUGAGCGAGGAGGAAAUCGCCGAGUUCAGACGCUCCUAUAAACUGACGUCGGUUGAGAGUCUAAGGUCUUUGGAGUCCGUGUCCGAAGAUGCGAACUCACACAGCGGGACCUCAUACGAUUCGAGAUGCCGAGCCUGUCUCCGGACCUCACAAGAGAGUCUCAUGUCGCUGGACUCCAUCAACGAGGACUGCAGGUGUGCCGAUGACGAGAAACGUCACCAUAGAUAAUAUGGGAGAAGUCGAACGGUUGGAUAUCGAAUACGACAUUGAAGUUGAAUAACGCAUGCGACAUACAAGUGUUUCAAUAACACACAUUUGUAAUCCCGACAUUCGCAUGCGACAUCUGAAGCCCGAAUCGUAUACGACAUAUACCGAAUUUCGUAUGCGACACGCUUAACGGAUAGUAUUACGCCAGACGGUUAACUUAUUAAUGUGUAAAGUUGAAUUGUACAUAAGUUGUUUUUUUAAAAAAAAAAAAAAAAAAACGCCACUCUUGAAAUAAAUCGCUGUUGUUGGGUAGUUUGAAAAAAAAUAUAUUUAAAGAAAAAAUAAUAAUAAUAAUAAACAAAUUUAAUAUUCGUUUUAUCUGAAAAGCUUCGCGAUUAUAACCGUUUUUAAACGCUAUCUACAGACUACUGUGGCUAUAAUGGGGUCGGAGUGUCCGACUACCGUCAGUUAAUACAUUGGACCAAUGUGUUACACAUAACUUUGCUCUGUGGAGUCGUUCCCGUGAGCUAUGUCAGAUUGACGUAGCCGCGUGUAUAGUGUUGAAGGGAUUCUCAGUAAUGACACGAUUAAUUUAAUAGAAAAAAAUAAAUUAUGUACUUAC